AAACACGCGAAGAGCAGUGGCGAAACCAGCGAAAAUCGGUGAAAGCAGCGGGCUAAUCCCAUAUUUAGCUCUCCCAUUCCAAUUUGAAGUGUUGUUAGGAUGUCCCGAUAUGGACCAGAAGAUCCUUCUGUUUUGCAUUAUCAGCACAGUCAUAUAUCGCGCAAGGCGUGGGCAGGCCAGGAAACAACCUCUUUCAAUAUUCGGCGCUUUGAAGGACAUUUCUGGGAAAUCGAUAAUCAUCACAGACGCGUGAUUGAUUAUGUCUGUAGAUUUGGUUUAGGUGGAGUACUUUUCUGUGGUAAGGCUCUGGAUGUAGAUCAUGCGUUGAUCACAGCUUUGGUUGAGCGCUGGAGGCCAGAGACACAUACAUUCCAUCUUCCCGUAGGGGAAACUACCAUUACAUUACAAGACGUACAAGUAUUAUGGGCAUUACGUGUUGAUGGAGUACCCUUCACCGGAAAUGGGUUUUGUGAAUCUGGGUGGAGGGGUUUAUGUGAAGAGCUCUUGGGCUUCUAUCCCCUUCAAAGCGAGAUGAAGGAAAACGGUAUCUUGGCAUCCGCGCUAAUACAUAGGAUGGCGAUUGAACCGUUAGGAGAUGGUCUCAAAGACGAAGCCUACAUUCAACGGGCACGUAUGAUUGUGCUUGUGCUAUUGGGAGGGUUGAUCUUACCCGACGGCUCAGGGUGUAAGAUACCUCUCAUGUGGUUGACCCAACUUCGAGAUGUAGAGGCUGCCUCUAUGAUUAGUUGGGCGAGUGCUGCACUUGCUACAUUAUACCAUAAUCUGUGUGAGGCGUCUAUGGGCAAAAGGUCAGACAUUGGAGGUCCGACGGUGCUCCUACAGCUUUGGGUGUGGGAGAGAAUGCCCACUUUGAGACCGGAUUUUGUAGCGGCACGUAUACAUACAAACAACACUCCAUGUGCCUUAAUGUGGACUGGCUCCUAUAUGAUAAACAGAGCCCCCAAACAUUCGGUUCGACAUUAUCGUGAACAGUUGUCAGGUAGCUGA